UCUUGUCUUGCCGAAUGAUAAUUUGACUAAGUUGGUAGAAAGGAUUGAAGAUUAUUGGGAUGACAAAGAAAGGCAUCCAAAAGAAGGCUGUACUCACGUCAUCAUUAAUUCGCCAUAUUUGAUAUUGAAACGAGAAAUUCAGAUCAAAGACAGUGAAAUAGAUGAAUUGCGUGAAAAAGUUGAGCGUCUAAGUCUACAAAGACAAGAACCGAAUAUAUUGAAACGUGUAUAUCUUCGUGGAGAAAUUAAAGAGGGUAACGAAGUUAAGUAUGGGAAUGAUCAUAUCUGCUUCCUAUCUAUGACAG